AUGCCCGUUACGACGACGCCUUCUGACCCUCAAGCUGCUGCUCUCCUUGCUCAUGUCUUGCAGCAGACCCAAUCGAACAUCAACUUCCUUGCAUCUCAGAACUACAUCUCCCAUGCCGAGGCCUCCGACCUCAUCAGCCGUCUCACUCAAGGGGCCGACCACGAUUCCUUACUAUCUAGCAUGAACAACUUGGCUGUUGGUCCUGCUCGUGCUCCUCCGGAGCCCGCCCGUCGUUCCAUCCCACCACCGCCCCCAAGGAAUCACGUCCAGAAGGCCCGUGCCUUGUGGGCCUACAACGAGGACGGCCGGGAACCCAAUGACCUCUCCUUCUCCCAAGGAGAGAUCAUCGAGAUCGUGGACGAAACAAACGCCGACUGGUGGACUGGCAAAGUCCGCGGCAAGCAAGGCCUCUUUCCGUCCAACCACGUCGAGAAGAUUCCGUCAGGCCCCUCUACCUCCCCCGCCCCUCCUGUGUCCAUGCCCCCCAUGCCCUCCGCACCUUCAUACUACGCCCCGCCGCCUCCGGGGCCGCCCCAGCCGUACUACCAAGGCCCUGCGCCCGACUACAAUAACGAGAAGACGUCCAUGUACCAGCCGGCCUACGCGCCCCCUGCACCGGUCCAGGCUCCCCAGCCGCCGGUCCAGCAGGUUGUCGUCCAGCAGGAGCCUCCCAAGAAGAGCAAGUUCGGCAAGCUGGGCAAUACGAUGGCCACGUCGGCUGCAGGUGGUGUCGGCUUCGGUGCUGGUGCCGCUAUCGGCAGUGGCAUCGUCAACGCCAUCUUCUGA